AAUAAUAUUAAUAUAAAAUAAAACAACAAAUUAAGUAUUGUCCUCGAUCCCCCAAAAGAUUUUUGUCAAGCCAGAGAGAAAUGGCUUUUCUCUCUCAACAUGGCAUUGAUCUUGAAGGAAAUCUGGAGUGAUAGGAACUUGGCCCUUCACAACAGUAGCCCUAUCACCUGCCAUCUUCCAUCGAUGCCAUUCACAGAAGGUUCAAUGAGCUCUCCCUGGCUCUUGUUUGUUCACCUCCUGCAUAUACCAGUGCUGACCAACCUUCUUGGAUUCCUCCUCCCCUGUUUGGGUCAAAAUCAACGUAGACGCAGCGAUAUCCACCUCUCAUGCUUGCCUUGCCGCUGUUGCAAGGGAUCACCAUGGUGUCCCCAUCAAAAUCUUGGCUAGAAUCACGAAGGUGGCCUCUCCUCUUUUGGCUGAAUCCGAGGCUUUACUCUGGGCUGUGCAGCUUGCUAUUAGAGAAGGAUGGAACCAUGUGAUCUUUGAAGGCGAUGCAAAAUCCUGCUUCGAUGCUGUGAACUCCCCUGAUCUCCCUUCUCCUUGGAUCAUCCGAACCUCUACUGAGAAAAUCCUAGCUCUUCAUUUUAGUUUUGUGUUUUGCUCUUUUUGUUGCGUUAGACGUGCUUGCAACAGUGCUGCCCAUAACGUUGCUAAAUUUGCUCUAAAUUCCUUCGCUUCUUUUUCCUUCAAUAAGGGUCUCUCCCCGCCCCCCCCCCCCCUCCGGCGGGGGCGCGUGCACGGCGGCAGGCGCCUUGUCAAUUCUUUGUAAGGAAGAUUAUCGAGUCUAAAUCUUCUAUUCCACUAUUUCUUUUUCAUUAUAUACUCUACAAAUAAAAACAUAUUACAUGUUCAUUUAUUUUAUUAAAUGUUAAAUGUAUUAUUAUUUUAAUUACUUAAAUAUGAUGGGUUAUUUUAUUUUAUUUUUUUAGGAAAUUAAAAUAAUAGAAUGCAUUAAUUUAGUAUUUAAUAAAAAGAUGGAUAUGUAACAUGUUUUUAUUUGUGGAGUAUAUAGUAGAACAAUAAGCAUGAGAUAGUAGAUUUGGACUCAAAAUUAUCCCUGCUGUUCCUCUUUCUUUUCUUAAUAAAUUGCAGUUUAUUAAAAAAAUAUUUAUUUAUUUAUUUUUGUAGGGAAGGUAAUUUGGUUAAAACUUUAAACAACUCAACAUAACUUUGAGAGGCUGGAUUUUUUUUUUUUUUCUUUUUAAUUAAAGGAAUUCUUGUGGAGGAGAAGAGGAGAUCAAAAUUUUUUUUUGUGUUAGACAGUACGAUAACAUUGAUAAAGACACAACAACAAAAGUAGAUGCCAAUCUUUACCGAGGGGUCGGGGUGGCCCCGUUUCCUAUAUCAUUGGGAGUGGUGUAUGUAACAGAUGCGAGAAGGUUAUGAGUGACAGAGUUCUAUUAAAGUCCGCUUGUUGUGAGUGACACCCGCAAAGAAAUGGCUGUGCAGUUGGUUAUGCAAGCUUUCAUGCUUCUGCUUACAUACGAAUUAGCAGAAGCAGCACCUCCUAUAGCAAAACCCAAUUGUAAAAGUAGGUGUGGAAACCUUCAAAUUCCAUACCCAUUUGGAAUUGGACCCGAUUGUUACUUGGACAAGUGGUUCGAAAUUGUUUGCAAUGGAACUGGUGGCUCUGCUCAAGCCUUCUUAACAAGUAUUGAUAAGGAGGUGCGGCAAUUCAAUAUUAUUAGCAAUUCAAGUACCAACAAAUUUAUUGUGCCGACAGUUCAGGUCCAAGUGCCAACAAUUUAUUCCAAGUAUUGUAGGUACGCGGGAAAUCACAGCAUCAUCAACAUCACAGGAAGUCCUUUUCACUUCUCCCAUUAUCAUAAUACAUUCGUUUCUGUCGGCUGCGACAACAGUGCAAUUAUAGCAAAUAUUUUUCCUAAGGUUUUCGGAUGCGAGUCGGAUUGCAAGAAAGACAUGAAGGUAGAAAAAGAAGUUAAAUGCUCGGGUUUGAACUGCUGCAAGUCGACGAAUAUCCCUUCAAACCUUCAAACAUUUGAUGUUAUUUUCAGAAGUAGAAACAAAUCAAAUGACAAAGACGAAGGGAUAAAGCAUUGCAAAUAUGCCUUCCUAGCAGACAAAGAGUGGUUGGAGAAAAGCAAACGAGAUCCCUCUUCUGUGCAAUAUUGGGAAUACGUUCCUGUGGUGCUGGAGUGGGCCAUACUUCUCCGUAACAACAAUUCACAUAAGUUGUAUCACUUCCUCGAAGGUAGGCGCAAAGUCAGUUGUUCUAUCUCUGACGAGAACAAAGACUACUUCUACAGCUUUUUUUGUCACUGUGCUCCCGGAUACAAAGGAAAUCCUUAUGUUGAUGGUGGAUGUGAAGAUAUUAAUGAAUGUGAAGAACAUCUCAAUAAUUGCAAAAGCAAGUUGGAUUGUGAGAACACAGAAGGUGGUUAUAAUUGUGAGAAACGAAAAUCUAAAUUGAAGAUCGUCAUUGUAGGUUUUGGUACAAGCCUUGGAGCAUUAUUUCUACCAACUACAUGGGUUUUAUACAAACUGAUUAAGAAGAGAUACAAGAUCAAGCUCAAGAAAAAGUUCUUCAAAAAGAAUGGCGGUUUAUUGUUACAACAACAAUUAUCUUCAACUGAAAAUAAUGUUCAAAAUACAAAAUUGUUCAAUUCCAAGGAGCUGGAAAAGGCAACAGACCAUUUUAGUAAUGAUAGAAUAAUUGGAAAGGGUGGACAAGGUAUUGUUUACAAAGGAAUGUUGGGUGAUGGACAAAUUAUUGCAAUAAAAAGGUGCAACAUUGUGGAUAAAGCCAGUCUCGUACACUUCAUAAAUGAGAUUGUCAUUCUUUCACAAAUCAACCAUAGAAAUGUGGUUAAGCUACUUGGGUGUUGUUUGGAGACAGAAGUUCCUUUGUUGAUAUAUGAAUUCAUCCCAAAUGGGACACUUUUCCAAUAUAUCCAUGAAGAAAAUGAAGGGAUUCGAUUAACAUGGGCUAUGCGCUUAAAGAUUGCCAUAGAAAUUGCAGGAGCUCUUUCCUAUCUACACUCAACAGCUUCUUUACCAAUUUAUCAUCGAGACAUAAAGUCCACAAACAUACUUUUAGAUGAAAAGUACAGAGCCAAAGUAGCAGAUUUUGGGACAUCAAAAAUGGUGAAGAUUGACCAAACUCAUGUAACCACCCAAGUUCAGGGAACUUUUGGGUACUUCGACCCAGAAUAUUUCCGAACAGGUCAAUUUACAGAAAAGAGUGAUGUGUAUAGCUUUGGAGUAGUCCUUGUUGAGCUCUUAACUGGAGAAAAACCUGUUUCUUCAACAAGGUCGGAAGAAGGUAGAAGUCUAUCUGCAUAUUUCAUUCUUUCAAUGGAAGAAAACCGUCUCUUUGAUAUUCUUGAUGACUGUGUAAGGAAAGAAGGUGACAAAGAAGACAUCAUCAUAGUUGCUAAUCUUGCAAAAAAAUGUUUGCACUUGAAUGGGAAAGAACGUCCUACAAUGGGGGAGGUCGCAAUGGAAUUACAAGGAAUCCAAAAAAAAGAUACUAAUGGUCAAGAAAAUUAUGAAGAACUUCAUAUUGUUAGAAGCAAAGAAAUUGAUCCUUCAUAUGCUUGCUCUACAUCAAUACAAUCAUAUUCAGAAAUUGCUUCAUUUUCGUCAUCAAUUGUCCUACCAUCAUCAUCUUUCAAAUCACUAUGAUUAAUAAACUAUUUGCUUUCUAGUUAUUUGGUUUCCUUUCAUGCUGUAAUGUAUUAAAAAUUAUUUUAAUAUGUCCAUAAUUGAAUUUAAGAAGAAUUCAUAAAUAUUUGCAUAAGAAUGGCUUGUAUAUUGUGAGAACUACAAUAUUGGGGUUAAUGGUGACUAGUGAGACAGUGCGUGUAAAAGAGAAGUGAUGAUGGUCUCAUUCCUUCACUGUGCAUGUCAUGGGUAUAUCACUUGCACUACUUUAUUCCCGCAGUGCUCGUGUGUAGGGGUGAAUGCAUAUAGAGUGUAUGG